CAUCGAACAACUGAAGUGACAUUGUUCCAACAAAAAAAAAUCGACAUGGCAGACACAACCAGUGACGAAGAUCGAGAGCGCCUGAAGGCUGCCUUGUGGUACGCAGUUGGCCAAAUAGUUGAUGAGGAGUCUUUACGUCGUAACCGAAAUGCCACACCACAGUUCAUCGGCGCACUCACAGAGCUAGUCUGGACACAAGUCGAAAACGUUGCCACAGAUCUGGAGAGUUUCAGCAACCACGCUGGACGGUCCACAGUGACAACAGACGAUGUGUUACUCCUCGCCAGGAAGAAUCCCGAUCUACAUCAGAUCAUGAAAGAGUUUGUUGACCAGGCCAAGGCAGAGAAGGGAACUGCAAAGAGUAGAGGCGGUGCGAGCAAACGUUAGACUUGUGGGAGGGCAUCUGGGAGUUUGGCGCAACAAAAUGGACUUGACUGGCAAGUCAGAGAUUACGGUUAACGAUACGCAGCUUGUGAGAAAAGUGCUGACAAUCAACCGGCUAUUUGUUUA